AAAACAACCGCGGAAUGUGUUGUUACCGCAUUUUUAAAAGCUAUAAAGUUUGACGCAAUUUAACGCGGAGUGUGAGUUUAAAAAAAAAAACCUAUAGUGGACAUCUAAGUGUAUCGGACAUAAAAUGUCGUUUUGCCGCCCACUGUUAAGACAAUUUUCAAAGUUAGACAAAUGUUUUAUAAAGAAACAAAUGUCAUUGUGGUAUGUACCUGUGCAAGCUAAUGUUCCAAAAAAAGUUUCUAUUGAAAAGAUUUUGGACCAGACCUUUCCACCUUUAAGAUACAUUUCUCCAUUUAAUCAUAAACUAAAUAGUCGAUGGGUAAAGAAAGUAUACGAUAGUUUGUAUAAUGACAUAGCUGAAGACAUCCCUUUACUGUCUUCUUCUCAAAAUAAUAUGGUUUCGAAUGAUGGCUUCAUUGUUGAUCUUGAUGUCAAACAUUUCAAACCAGAAGAAGUUACAAUUAAAGUAGAUGGAAAGGUUCUUGAAAUAUGCGGUAAACAUCGCAAUAAAAAUGAAAAUGGAUUUGAAUUUAUUGAAUUUCAUAGAAAAUACACUCUUCCAGAUGAUGUUGAUCUAACAGCUCUUACUUCAAAUAUUAGUGUAGACGGAGUUUUACAUAUUGAAGCUCCUAAAGUGCUUCCUGCGUCACCUGAAUCUAUAGAAUCCACAGAUGAAAAUUUUAAAUGCAGUUUAGAUGUACAAGGUUUUAAGCCAGAGGAAAUUUCAAUUCAAGUGAAAGGUAGAGAUUUAGUCAUUCACGGUGAAACUAAGACUGAAGACGACGGUGUCCAAGGUUUUCAACAUAAACAAUUUACCAGAAACAUAUCUUUACCAGAUGAUGUUGAUCUAUCUCACCUGAGUUCACGAUAUACUAAAGAUUUUAAACUAACUAUUGAAGCUCCGAAGAUACCUCUAAAGGCUCCUUUAAAAUUAGAAAUCGAAAAAGAAGAAUAAAUUUCCCUAAA